ACUUUCGGGCUGAAUUUUGUAACCUCAUUUAACUUGGAGAGCUCUACUUCUGUGCUUCUGAGCUACCACUAUGACAUCUGUGCGCCAGUCAAGGUCAUUGGCCGGUGGCCCCAACAUUUCUGUCAGGAAAUCUGUGCAAAGCUUUCAGAGAGUAGGAAAUGUUGCAGGUGGUGGUGGUGCAGGUGGUGGGUAUGGAGGGGGGCUUGCUGGUGGAUAUGGAGGUAUGAUGAAUGGUGCAGGAUUUGGUGAUUUUGAAAGUGGCUAUGGAGGGGGUGAAUUUAAUGAAGUUUGUGCAGCUGGAGGUUUUGGUGGAGGAUAUGGUGGAGGAGCUGGUGGAGGAUAUGGUGGAGGAGCUGGUGGAGGAUAUGGUGGAGGAGCUGGUGGAGGAUAUGGUGGAGGAGCUGGUGGAGGAUUUGGUGGUUUUGGUGGAGGAGCUGGCGGAGGAUUUGGUGGUGGUUUUGGUGGAGGAGCUGGUGGAGGAUUUGGAAGAGGAGCUGGUGGCUUUGAAGGCAUCCUGGCCACCAAUGAAAAGCAUACCAUGCAAAACCUUAAUGACCGCUUAGCCAGUUACUUGGAUAAAGUUAAGGCUUUGGAAAAGGAUAAUACUGAUCUUGAGACGAAAAUACGAGAAUGGUAUGAAAAACUUCGUCCAGCAUCUGGUGGUAUAGGAACAGCGGACUACAGUAAAUACUACCCAAUUAUUGAAGAACUCAAGAAAAAGAUCAUGGACAGCACUUUGGAAAAUUCCAGGAUCCUCUUACAGACUGACAAUGCCCGGCUGGCGGCUGAUGACUUCAGGCUGAAGUAUGAGAACGAGCUGGCCCUUCGCCAGAGCGUGGAAGCUGAUAUUAAUGGCCUACGUAGAGUGCUCGAUGAGUUGACCCUGUGCAAGGCUGAUCUGGAAUUGCAGAUUGAAAGCUUGACAGAGGAACUGGCGUAUCUGAAGAAAAAUCAUAAGGAGGAAUUGGAUGCUCUCCAAGGUGGACCUGCUGGCCAGCUCACUGUUGAGAUGAAUGCUGCUCCAGGAACCGACCUGACCAAGUUACUCAAUGACAUGAGAGAACAAUAUGAAACCCUUGCUGAGAAGAACAGAAGAGAAGCUGAGAGAGCAUUUAAUGAGCAGAGCAAAGAAAUAAAGAAAGAGAUCCAAGCUGGAGUGCAGCAAGUACAGUCUAACACUACAGAGAUUUCAGAUCUGAAACGGACACUUCAGGGAUUGGAGAUAGAACUUAAUGCACAGAUGGCAAUGAAACAAUCGUUAGAGAAAACCCUGGCAGAGACAGAAGGACGCUUUUGUUCUCAGCUUGGGCAGUUACAAAACUUAAUCACCAGUGUGGAGGAGCAGUUGGUCCAACUGAGAAGUGACAUGGAGCUUCAGAGCAAUGAGUACAAACAGCUGCUGGACAUCAAGACCCGGUUAGAGCAAGAGAUAGAGACAUAUCGCAAAUUGCUGGAGGGAGAAGGAGGAAAACUGCUCGCUGGGAUGUCAGAUGCUCUUUCAGAAUUUUCCAAAGAUUCUACCAGGACAAAAACGCUUAAAACUUAAUAUUGAAGAGGUGGUGGAUGGAAAAGUGAUUUCCAAAAGUGGCAAGAAAGUUGAGGAGAAACUCUAGGAAGCUCAAGAAACCCGCUCUCAAGCAAGCUCUCCAUUCUGCUGUGUUCUUACUCUUCUGGCUUUCACAUUAAUGUUAAUUUCCAGUUUCAGUGCUGUUUUUCUUUCUAACAUUAUACUGGAAUACUAUCAAAUGCUUAAUAACUUUUUGCUUUUUUUUGUACCAUAAUCACCAUAUGUUGUUAGUAAAAGGAAAAAGGAGCUUGUGAUACAA